AGAAGAAGAAGAUUAACCUCACUAUAAAAGUUAAAUCCGGUUUGUUUUUAAUUUAACAAUAAUUUUAAUUAUGGGGCCAAAACUAAUCGAGUUGCGUCCCAAUAGACAAUUACUGAACCCGGAAUUCAACGGAUACAAAUUAUCUCUAGAAAACGUAGUGACAAAUAAAAAAGAACUGAAAAAUUCAGUUGAAAGGAUUCUUCUCGAUUCCACACAGUACAGUUUAUUACAUGUGAAAUUAUUCGGACUGCAAAAUCAUUUAAUUGGAGAAACUGUCGACGAAAACGAUUCUGUUUAUUAUAUUGACAAGAAGAGAAAUUUGUGUAAGACUUACAUUGAUCCAUUUAACUUUGAGCUAAUUGAUCCAAUAGUACUGUGGCAGGUGCCGCAAACUAGAGAAAAGCAACCUGGAAAUUAUAAUGUUACCUUUAAAUUUGUUAACUGUGAUUUUGCUGUGUUAACUGAUGGUUUAGGAGUGUUAUAUUUAUUAAGUACAGGCUCACGAAAUGAUGACGAUCUUUUUACUAUUGUGUAUUCUGGAGAUGUAAAUGAUUCUGAUAAAGGUUAUAUUGUGUCAGAUGCAGUUUAUUGUGAUAAUAAUAAUAAAAAAGAGAUUCAUGUUGUUUUAUUGCAUGUUGAGCUAGAUAGUAAUACCCAAAAAUACACAACAAUUAUUAACUGGGUUACUCUUACUGAGGCUGAGGAGAAUUGGGGACAAACUGCGUUAAGAGAGAUUCAAGUUAAGGGUGAUGUACAGUAUUUAACAUUAGAGAAAAAUUGUAAAUUUAUUAAUGUUGUAACAGAUGGUGAAUGCAAGUUUACUCUUAAUUCUGAGCACCCGAUUGUGGAAAAAAAUAAAGAUGAAUCAAAACCCUUGUUGUGGCAUCAGAGUGAAUCGGAUGUUAGUUUGAAAAUUUUACUACCUGAAAAUUUUGAUAAAUCCAAGUUAAAUGUAGUUACAACCUCUGAUACCAUCAGUGUUAAAUAUGAAGAUUUAGUUUGGUUGAAUGGUAAUCUUUCAAAAAGUAUAGACUCUAAUUUAACCACUUGGAUGGUGGACAAAAACAAUUUGGAAAUAACUUUAAUAAAAAAUGGUUCUGAUGAAUGGAUUAAUGUAAUAAAGGGGAACAACAAAGAAGAAUAUGUAGAAAUUAAUUCUAUUGAAGAAGUGGCAAAUAGACUAGCACAUUUAACAAGUGAAACAGAGGCAAAUCCACCUUCUGGUACAACAUUUAAUAGCCAGCAAAUUGAGGAUUGCGAUUUGGAAUAUGACAAAACAGUGAUUUUUGAAAGAAUAUGUGGCAUAACAAAUGAAACUGUAAAUAAAAUUAACAUUGGUUCCAAUCCUGUUUUAUUAUCUGCCAAUAUAAAUGAUGAAUCAUUACCUGCAUUUGGUAUAAGACAUGAUGUUGAUGUUUUACUUUGGAAACCCAGUUUAAAUAAUGAAGAAUUCACCGUUAAACACGCGGGUACUUUACAUGCAUUUGGGUACAUUCAAGCUUCCAAACAACAGAAAAAGUAUACAGUUUGUUCGCCAGAUCUAAAUAACAUCGCAAUUUGUCAGUCAACAAGAUACGUAUUUCUUUAUUGCCAAAAAAAAGCCAUUUCUUCAGGCGAAUUAAGAAAUAGAAGUAUAGGAAGGUAUAUCCCAAAUAUGGCACAGCAAUAUGUUAUCAACAUUCCAAAUGAAGAAGUUUUGGGCAUUUAUAUAAGCAACAAGUUGCUGUUUAUACUUGCAGAUACCUUUAUAUCAGUGUUCAAAAUUGAGUAAUGUAAAUAAUUUUAUUGUAAACAAUUUUUUUACACCAACUUUAAUAAAAAGCUUUAUCAA